CCUGCUGCACUGGCAGUCCGACCCUCAGGCCGCCGCGGAGCAGCCGGCACAGCGCUGCGCGGACCUCAGCAGGUGCCGUGACGAGGCGCCGUGCGGCGCUUCGAGUCCCGAGCCCGCGCUCCGCGGCCCCGCUGCCCGCGCUCCCGAGGGCCGGCCCCCGACGAGGCCGCCGCUGGCCGGGCGCUCAGCAUGAACCGCGGCCACCGGCACGGGGUGAGCAGCGGCUGCCUGGGCACCAUGGAGGUGAAGAGCAAGUUUGGAGCGGAGUUUCGUCGGUUUUCACUGGAGAGAUCCAAACCCGGAAAAUUUGAGGAGUUUUAUGGCCUGCUGCAGCAUGUUCACAAGAUCCCCAAUGUUGACGUGCUGGUGGGCUACGCAGACAUCCACGGGGACCUGCUGCCCAUAAACAAUGACGACAACUACCACAAGGCGGUGUCCACCGCCAACCCACUGCUCAGGAUUUUUAUACAGAAGAAGGCAGAAGAAGCUGACUACAGUGCCUUCGGCACCGACACCCUUAUCAGGAAGAAGAACAUGUUGAGCAGCGUGCUGCGUCCCGACAACCAUAGGAAGAAGCCUCACAUCGUCAUCAGCAUGCCUCAGGACUUCCGGCCUGUGUCGUCCAUCAUCGAUGUGGACAUCCUCCCGGAGACGCACCGAAGGGUCCGUCUGUACAAAUAUGGCACAGAGAAACCCCUGGGCUUUUACAUCCGGGAUGGCUCCAGCGUCCGGGUGACACCGCAUGGCUUAGAGAAAGUCCCUGGGAUCUUCAUAUCUCGGCUGGUCCCUGGGGGUCUGGCCCAGAGCACGGGCCUGCUGGCUGUCAACGAUGAAGUUUUAGAAGUAAACGGUAUAGAGGUGUCCGGGAAGAGCCUGGACCAGGUGACUGACAUGAUGAUAGCCAACAGCCGCAAUCUCAUCAUCACCGUGCGGCCGGCUAACCAGAGGAACAACGUGGUGCGCAACAGUCGGACUUCUGGCAGCUCCAGCCAGUCUACCGACAACAGCCUCCUGGGCUACCCACAGCAGGUGGAGGCCAGCUUCGAACCAGAGGACCAGGACAGCGAUGAGGAUGACAUCAUCAUUGAAGACAGUGGCGUGCCACAGCAGAUCCCGAAGGCCACCCCUGACGCCCAGAGCCUGGAGUCCCUGACGCAGAUCGAGCUCAGCUUUGAGUCGGGACAGAACGGGUUCUCUCCUCCUCAGGACACGAGCCUGGACACAGAGCUGGAAAGCCGAGCUCCGGACCAGAAACUCUUAGAAGAAGAUGGAACGAUCAUAACGCUGUGAGCCACCACGGUGUUUUCUGAGUGAGGGUGUGAGGAACAGUGGAAGUGAGGCACGUGACUGAUGCUGCGGACCUCGGGGCCAUGAUGUUCCAGGACAGGCCUCAAGUGUGGCUGGGGCGGGAAGGGUGUCUGCCGGGCCAGGCUGCUGUGACACGAGCUUCCAUAGCCGUGGAGCAGGUGCUGCUUCUCUGACUGAGGCCUGCCUGGAGCUGUGCUGCAGCCGGUGUCCUCCUCCCUGGAGCCGUGCUGCAGCCGGUGUCCUGCCUGCAGAGCCUGCUCUUUGUCUCUUGUGAAGUCUGAUGUCUCUGUUAGCCGCUGGGAACCUCGGUUCUUAGAUUCCCAGCAUUGAUGUUUUCUGACUUUAAAGUGUUCCUCUGUUAACUGUGACAAAUUAUUUUUUCAUGUGCAGUUUUUGUUCUGUCUUCCGUUUCCUAAGACUUUAGCUGGCCAUGUUUAGGGGCACCUCUCCCACUGCCCUGGAGCAACUCCUGUUGUCCCCACCCUGGAGCUUUACAGUUGCAGGGUGCUGUAGUCCUUCAUCCCAGUCCAUUGGAGAUUGUUUCAGUGUAUGGGCACACUUGUGCGCUUGUGCAUGUGUGUGUGUGUGUGUGUGUGUGUGUGUGUGUGCGCGCGUGUGAGAGAGAGAGAGAUUUGCAGCACAGUUAGUUGGCUCCCUCACUCUCCCAGUGUCCCAGGCAGUGUGGAUCAUUAGAUAAAAAGGCCCCCAGGUUCAGAGACUUACACACAGUACAGAUGUGCACUUUGUAUUCAGAAGACGGAGUUUUCUUCCUGGGGAUCUAGGGUGCUGCCUGCAUUUGGGGAAGCCCGUGUAGGUUCACCACUCAGCGGUGGUGAGCAUUUGAGUCUAUUUAUUCUUCCCUGUGCGUCCAUUCAGGAGGGAGCCGCGGGUGUCUUCCCUUACCUGGCUCCCUCAUGUUACAUGCACAGCCACCGAGAGCCACACGUGUGGGCUCAGGUUGCCCCGAGGCCUGAGGUGGACAGUUAUUUAUUUCUUACCCUUACGGUGGCCAAGUGUGGACACCUCACGGCUGUGUACUGACUCCGAGUUGAAGGUCUUUCCUCCAUAUUAAGAGCCGGCAGAAGUGAAGUCUUGAUCCAAUGAAGGGUGCCGGACUCCAUCGUGUUAUCUGCAAGCACCUGGCUCAGGUGGGGUGCAGUGACCCCGCGACUGAUGGACUCACUGAGCUCCUCCUCUCACGAGGCACCACUUGCUAAUAGCGUUCCCCCUUUGACACUGUGCGCUCUCGGGUGGAAGGCAGCCGUAGGCACAGAAGGCUCAGUUGCAUACAUGAAUUAGGGUGCAUGGGCUCAAUGUUGUAAGUAAAGAUAUUUCACAUACUACCUCUCUCCUCUCUCUCUCUCUCUCUCUUUUUUUAACAGAGUUUUAACAUUAGAACUUUUCUCUUGGGGAAGAAAUACUUCAGGGCUGGUCUUUUGUAUAAAUUUUAACUAAACACAGAUUUCUCUUCUGUUUGAAAAUGGAGCUCAAAGCUGCUGACACUGAUUUAAUUUAAAGGACAAUAGUGUUAGCAGUGAGGUCGUACCAGUGAAGUGAGUGGUCAGUAGACCUUCUGUGAGGCCAGCUGGUCUUGGCUACGGGGGUCCGUCCCAUCGGCUCAGUUCUUUAGUUCAGGAGCGGAAGUGUCGGUGGCUUAGCGUGCAGUUCUGUUGCCCCGAACGUUGAGCCUCACUGUGAAUUCUGUUCUGUCCUCCGUCAACCAUGUCAACCAGAUGCUGUGCUGUUGUGAACCAUGAAUUUUCUAAUUAAAUUUUACAUGCUAUAACAUGA